AUGGACCCCGUCAUCAUUACGCCGGAUGACGUAGCUGAGGCGGUCCGUAGGGCCCCGAACUGGAAAAGUCCGGGACUCGACGGACUGCAUCACUACUGGCUGAAGGGGUUCGUGGUGUGUCACGCUGUUCUCGCCCGACAGUUUCAAGAGGCUCUCAACCAAAAGUCGCUCCCGAGCCUCUUCACUACUGGGAUCACUCAUUUGGUUCCUAAAGACCGAGAUUCCACAGACCCGAGCAAAUACCGCCCCAUAACGUGUCUACCUACCAUAUACAAGACACUGACAUCCAUUUUGAGCGCAAGAAUCACUCGUCACCUGAACUCAAAUCAGGUGAUGUCGCGCGCUCAAAAUGGAUGUCGGGGCGGCGGUCGUGGAACCAAGGAACCACUCCUCAUUGACGCGGUCAUUGGCAAGGUGGUUAAACGCAACCGUCGGAACCUCUCCGCCGCCUGGAUAGACUACAAAAAGGCAUUCGACUCGGUGCCUCAUACAUGA